GCUCAAUUCCGUGAAUGUGUAGGUGUGGAGAAGUUGUAGUCUUAGAGUGAAGCUUAACGUUGAUAAGAAGCGGAAAAAACGGGAAGGAUGUCAACGCGUGUGCGUCAUCGCGCAACGCGGAACCACGUGCACCAUUGCCAAGGUCACAGCGCCACCAUCCCUAUCUGCUUUGCUCAAACUCUUUACAACCACUUGAGCUGCAAACUAGCCCACCUCUAUAGCUGUGUAAGCGCGAUGCCGCAGACACGCUUAGGAAAAUCUAGAAACCAGAAUGACAAAGUGCCACAACAUGUCCUAAGCGACGGCGAUGGCCCUGAACCAAACGACAUACCUGCAACACCUCCGUCAGCACCCUUUAAAGACCAGUUGAGCAACUACGCGUAUAAGGAACAAGAUGUGACAUCGAACGAAGUCUCGACAUCGACCAAUUCCAACCGACCGAGAAAGCGCCCUAGAACGGCCACCAUAGCAGCUGUCGGAAGUGCCCGGGGAUCUACCCAACAGCCGACAAAGAAGCGCAAGGCUGGCCAAUACGCCCUUCCAUCAAAAUACGCCCAUUUGUCUCCCCUCGUUGACAUAUUAGAACCAAACCUAAUAUGCGUGUUUGUUGGUACAAAUCCCGGUGUUCAAACUGCGACUGCUGGGCAUGCGUACGCGCACCCGUCAAACCACUUUUGGAAGCUACUCCACGCGUCAGGUCUGACAAAUCGCCGCUUGAAGCCUGAAGAGGAUCGCAGUCUUCCAGGCCUGUUUUGCAUGGGCAAUACAAACAUUGUAGACCGGCCAUCCAAAAAUGCAGCUGAGCUCUCGAAGGAAGAAAUGUCAGCUGGUACUGCCAGCCUCGAUGCAAAAUUCCUCAAAUACAAGCCAGAAGCCGUGUGCAUAGUUGGUAAGGGUAUCUGGGAGGCAAUAUGGCGUUACCGCUAUGGCAAGAACCCUGGCAAGAAUGAGUUCAAGUAUGGGUGGCAAGACGAGAAACACAACAUGGGCAAGUGUCCAGAGGACGGUGAACAAGAGUUGGAUGCCAACGGCAAUCCCUGGAAAGGGACCAAGGUUUUCGUGACUACCAGCACGAGUGGCCUCGCUGCGAGUCUGACACCUGCCGAGAAGGAGGCCAUUUGGAGACCAUUCGGAGAGUGGGUGCAGAAGAGAAGAGAAGAACGAGGCUUCGUCCCCCGGCUAGUGGAAGCCCAAUCUGCUGUUGAAGAAACAGCGCAACUUUAACUAUAUUUGAACAAAGUCUUUGCUGGAAGGCGUCAG